UGACAAGUUUUUAGUUUUUAUCUGCAUUAUUAUUUGAAAAGUGCAGAUGUAUUUAAUAAAUAAAACAGUUUGAAAUAUGCUAUUCUAACCAGCAUGGCAAAUAAUUCGGAAGUUUUUAUUUGCCUGAUAGUGCUCAUUUCGAUCGUGUUUCUGUACUUCGUAAAUAUAAGUAUUUUAGGGACAGAAUUGGUUCAAAAUCCCCCUGAGGAGUACAGUUGGAUAUUGCACGGUGUACGGAACAUUUUGGGGUACGCGACGUUGUUUCUGCCGGGUUAUUUGGUGCUCAAAUAUGUACAACAAACGAAUUACAUCAACAAAAGCGGCCGAGGAGUGAUAGGGGCGAUCAUAAGAACCUGUUUCGGCGAAGAGGACAAUUUACCGGUGACUGCGGAGGGACAGGCGUCGUGCCAGGAAAGGUCGCUUCUUCAAGAUGUAUUUCUCCUGCUAUUCCACUUCUUCGGCCUCCAGCUUUCCUACCUGCUGUGGGGUGUUCUCCAGGAGAAGGUUAUGACGCAGGCAUACGAAAGCUCGAACAAGGACAUCGGGUAUUUUAAAGACUCCCAAUUUUUAGUGUUUGUUAAUCGAAUUUUAGCGUUUUUAGUAUCCGCUUGCGUUUUAAUAACCAAGCGACAGCCGAGGCAUAAAUGCCCGUUGUACAAGUACGCUUACUGUUCGUUCUCGAAUAUAAUGAGUUCUUGGUGUCAGUACGAGGCGUUGAAAUACGUGUCGUUUCCGCACCAAGUGCUCGCUAAAGCCAGUAAAACGAUUCCAGUAAUGAUAAUGGGUAGAUUCAUGUCUAAAACCAAAUAUGAGUACUACGAGUACGUUACGGCCGUUAUCCUUUCGUUAGGUAUGUUGCUGUUUAUGAUCGAUACGGGCAACGAUAGAUCGAAUUCGACUGUAACGACCUUUUCUGGCGUGAUAUUACUGUGUUCCUACAUUGCGUUCGAUAGUUUUACGUCGAACUGGCAGGGUAGUUUGUUCAAGAAAUACGAAAUGAAACCGGUGCAAAUGAUGUGCUUCGUCAACUUCUUUUCCAGCAUAUUCACCGCCGUGUCUCUGCUCCAACAGGACGGUUUCAUGAAUGGUCUCAGCUUUAUGAUGAAAUUUCCUUCGUUUACUAUAGAUAUAAUAAUCCUUUCGUUGUGCAGCACUUGUGGCCAGUUGUUUAUUUACAACACGGUCUCGACCUACGGGCCUUUGGUGUUCGUUAUUAUCAGUACCAUUAGACAGGGUUUCUCUGUGUUGCUCAGUUGCAUCAUCUACCAUCAUAAAGUGUCCGUUUUCGGCGCCAUCGGGUUGAUUCUAGUCUUCUUGAGUAUAUUCCUGAGAACCUAUUGCAGCUAUAGAAUUAAGGCUCAGAAGAAGCAGUUGCAGCCGGUUACGCAUAAAGCCAAAUAUUUGACAGUCGUGCAAUGAGUAUUUGUGUAAUUUUUGUACUUUAUUUAUUUUAAAUUUUAUUGAUGAGCUUUGAAAUUAACAUAUUGUAUACGCCUUCUUCGUAUUUUGUAUGUACGAAAUAUGUACCUUCCUACAAUGAAUUUGUAAUUUUUAUGUAUGUGAAUAAUUUAUUUUAGGAUCAUCAGUCUAAAUGAUGUACAUUGCAAGACUGUUUUAGUAUAAAUAAUCUCACGGUUUGAUCAAAAGUUUAGCUUUAAAAGCAAGAUUCCUUAUAUUAAUAUUUCUGAUUGAAUUAAAUUUGUGUAAAGAAACAGCAAUUCGUUA